AUGUCGCGUGUGGUUUUGGUGGGGAGUUUUAAUUGUGUUGGGAGAUCGCGUGGCAGAUCUCAGCCUUUUCCUGCGGAUGACUUGAAAAACAGCCGGGAGGACGGCUCCGCUCGCCGGGGCCCCCGCGUUCCCCCGGGGGGGUCGGGUCGGACCGGGGCCCCGGCGGCUCCUUCUCGCCCGCGGCCGGGGGCAGCGUCCCCCCUGCGGGGGCAGAGCCCCGCGCCCGGGCCGCGGCACUUGUUCUCAGUGAUUGCAAAACUGGACCUGACUCACCACAUUUGUGCACAAAAUCGUGAAAAACAAUGCAGAAAAUUUCAAAGGGUGCAGGCAGCAAGACAGAAAGACAAACAGAGUGACUCAGUGGCCCUGGCCAGAGACACCGGCCCCGGGACGCGGCUGCCGCUCCGCAGCGGGGCCGGCUCCCCGACGUGUCCCCGCCUGCGCCGCCUCGCCCCGCACCGCUGCCGGGCCUGCGGGACACCCCGCGGCCACGGGCGGGCAAGCCCCCAGCCGGGGGUAGGGGGCUUGGGGCGCUGCUUGCCCGAGACGGGUGGGGGGCCCCUCGCCCUCCUGUUGGCGCAUUCUGCGCGCCCUGUCCCGCAAUGUCCCCGCGUUCCGCGGGCACUCGGGCACUGGUGCAGAGAAAGGGAGACGGUUUCUCUGGGGCAUCGCAGUGAAAGAGCAGAAGGAAGCAAAGGGAAGCCGCUGCUGUGGAGCCCCUUCAUCCAGCGGCCGCUGCACAAGAGGAAAGGGGGGCAGGUCCGCUUCUCCAAUGACCAGACCAUCGAGCUGGAGAAGAAGUUCGAGACGCAGAAAUACCUCUCGCCGCCGGAGAGGAAGCGCCUGGCCAAGAUGCUGCAGCUCAGCGAGAGGCAGGUCAAAACGUGGUUCCAGAAUCGCAGAGCCAAAUGGAGGCGUCUAAAGCAGGAGAACCCUCAGGCCACCAAAAAAGAAGAAGUGGAAGGUGCUGACAAUCACAGUGACCAAAGGCCGGAGAGCUGCCCGACCCCCGAGCAGAAGGGUAAGGAGGUGUCCCUGGACGGCUCGCAGUACACCCCCUCGCCAGCCUCGCAGGAGGACGUGGAGUCAGACGUCUCCGACGACUCUGACCAAGAAGUGGACAUUGAAGGCGAUAAAGGCUAUUACAAUCCUACCCACUAAUGGCCCCGUGUGGAGAGUGGACCCUAACUUGGCUUGCACUUUACCAGGGGCUGGUUUGGAAGAAUAUCAUGCUAUGGGAGAAAACUUCAUCGUUCCACUGAAAGAAAAAAAAAACACAAACCAACACCAAAUGGACUCAUUUUAUAAUAAGCAGAGAAAGAAAGAUGUAUUUUCCGCAAACAGUCCAUUUUUGGCAGAUCUCUAAUUUGGUUAAAGGAACAUGGUUUGUAUUUAAUUAUUUGUAAGAUAUAUUUGUACAUUAAUCGAUAUUCUAACUGGAAUACAAUACUGCACCCUGUCCUUACUCAUGGGGGGUCUGAAUCAGCUGCUGUUGAUGAUCAGGCAAAACUCCUCUCUAGAUAGUGUGGAAGUGAGUACGGAUUGGAGCACUAAGCCCUUUGUAUGUGUACACAAAUGUAGUUUAAAUAGAUUAAUUUAAACGCCCUUUGCAAGCAGAGAAACAUGUUCUGUGAAAUAGGGAGGGAUUUGACCAUCCCGACAAGUGCCUUCUGCUCACACCCCGUUACCUGCCAUGGUGCUCUCCACCAAGACAUCCCUUCGUUCAUCAGGUAGAGUCUUUGGACAGAUUCAUUUUUGCUCUUGCAUGAGAUUAAACGUGCAUUCUCAGAUUUUUGAGGACUUUGCCCCUCAGUCUGGAUGAUUACAUUUGCAGGAAAAAACCCCACAUAUUUUUCUCCUUGAAAAUCUCUAGUGUAUCUGAGAAGAAAAGGCAGGGAGUGAUAGGGCUCUGCUGCAGGAGAGAAAGUGGCAUCAGCUGUGGAGAAUAAUCAGGCACACAGCUGUGGGAAGAUAGUGCCUAUUGUAUACACAUCUGCUUCUGUACAUACUAGUUUUCUUUAAAAGACUUGCAGUUUUAUACCUCACAUUGUUCAUAUUUUGUACAUAUUUGUUCAAUGUUUUUAAAAAAAAGGCAAAACCUGGUAUUUAAUUUUUGAUGGACUUGUCUGUGAAAUAAAACUAAACUCUGCACCACC